CAACUAACCUUACCAACAGCCACUCGUUUCUUUGCUGCAUGACACUCUCAUGAAUCCCCCCUGUCCUCCUGUCAUCUAAAAAUAGCCGAAUAGUUGCCGCACCGCCUAUUGAACCCAAACAUCAAUAAAAAGCAGAGAAAAAAGGGUACAUACAUAUGCAAGUCAUUAAGGAAAUAGAAGUGAAGCUUAGUUAUUUGAGUGAUCAUUAGGGUAUCUUAUUGAAUGAAUUUGUUAUGCAGUUGUUGAGAUAUUAGCACAACUUUUGCUAGAGAUUAAAGGGUUUUUUGAAGCUAUGGAGAUAGAGGUGGCGAGUGGUAGAGGAGAUGUAGAAAGAGGGGUGUGGAGAAAUGGUGGAAAUGAUGGUCACAAGGGUGCAGCAUACUUGGUUUGGGAAGAUUUGACAGUGGUUUUGCCAAAUUUUGGGAAUGGACCGACAAAGAAGUUGCUUUAUGGGCUUCAUGGCUAUGCUGAACCUGGUAGAAUCAUGGCAAUUAUGGGUCCUUCCGGUUCUGGCAAAUCCACCCUUCUUGAUUCCUUGGCAGGUAGGCUUUCAAGCAAUGUUGUGAUGACAGGAAAUAUUCUUCUGAAUGGAAAGAAGCAAAGACUUAACUAUGGAACUAUUGCAUAUGUGACACAGGAGGAUGUAUUGUUGGGAACCCUAACAGUUAGGAAACUAUUCUAUUCAGCACAUCUCAGGCUUCCAAAUACCUUGACAAAGGAUGAAAAAAAAGGAAUCAUUGAUGGAACAAUAAUGGAAAUGGGACUUCAAGAUUGUGCAGAUCGGCUUAUAGGAAGUUGGCAUUUAAGAGGUAUAAGUGGAGGGGAGAGAAAGAGACUGAGUAUUGCCCUUGAGUUUCUUAUACGGCCUCGUAUAUUGUUUCUUGACGAACCUACAAGUGGCCUUGACAGUGCAUCAGCCUUCUUUGUGGUCCAAGCUCUUAAAAAUGUUGCUCGUGAUGGAAGGACAGUGAUAUCUUCAAUUCACCAGCCCAGCAGUGAAGUAUUUGCACUGUUUGAUGACCUCUUACUAUCUGGAGGAGAAAUUGUUUAUUUUGGAGAAGCAAAGAUGGCCGUAAAGUUUUUUGCAGAAGCAGGGUUUCCAUGUCCAAGCAGAAGAAACCCGUCUGACCACUUCCUCCGCUGUAUCAAUUCUGACUUCGAUGUUGUUACUGCUACUUUGAGAGGUUCUCAAAGACUACGCGAAGCAGAUAACCUUGCAGAUCCUCUUGGCAAUUUAGCAACAUCAGAUAUUAAAGCUAUGCUUGUCUACAAGUACAACUCUUCUGAAUAUGCAUCACGGACCAGGUCCAGGAUUCAAGAAAUCUCUACCAUUCAAGGGCUUGAGAUUGAGAGAAUAAAAGGAAGUCAAGCAAGAUGGUGGACUCAACUUUCAACAUUAACUCAGAGAUCCUUUGCCAACAUGUCGGAUGUAGGCUAUUACUGGUCACGGAUAGGCAUCUAUAUAAUUGUGGCUAUUUGCGUGGGUACUUUAUUUUAUGAUGUUGGCACCAGUUAUACUGCAAUCUUGGCUCGGGCAUGUGGCGGAUUUGUAACAGGCUUUAUGACUUUCAUGUCUAGGGGGUUCCCAUCUUUCAUAGAAGAAAUGAAGGUCUUCACUCGGGAAAGACUAAAUGGACAUUAUGGAGUUGCUGUAUUUGUAUUAUCAAAUUUCCUCUCUUCCUUUCCAUUCCUGGCUGCAAUUUCAGUCAUUACUGGGACUAUAACUUUUUACAUGGUGAAAUUCCGGACUGAAUUUUCUCACUAUGUGUACUAUUGCUUAAAUAUCUUUGGCUGUAUUGCUGUUGUAGAAAGCUGCAUGAUGAUUGUAGCUUCACUGGUUCCUAACUUCUUAAUGGGAAUCAUUGCUGGAGCUGGGGUUCUAGGAAUCAUGAUGAUGACUGCUGGAUUUUUCCGUUUGCUGCCCGAUCUUCCCAAGGUUUUUUGGCGAUAUCCAGUUUCAUUGAUGAGCUAUGGAUCAUGGUCACUACAGGGAGGAUACAAGAACGAUUUGGUUGGAGUAGUGUUUGAUGGCCUCUGGCCCGGUGAUCCAAAACUGAACGGCGAGGAUGUCUUGAAAAACAUGUUCGGGUUAUCGCUGGAUCAUUCUAAGUGGUGGGAUUUAUUUGCACUCUACUGUCUCUUCCUCACUUAUAGAGUUCUCUUCUUUGUUAUCCUCAAGCUGAAGGAGAGAACUACACCAUUUUUCCGGUCUCUAUACGCGAAGAGAACUAUUCAUUAUCUCAAGAGGCGACCAUCAUUUAGACGAAAGCCAUCUUUUCCUUCCAGAAGGCAUUACAAUCUUCACUCACUGUCUUCUCAGGAGGGACUCAGUUCUCCAAUCCCUUAGGAUGAUAAAGGAGAGAGUACUGGAAAAGUGUUACUUCCUUGUUUGUAAGGAUUUAAUGGUGUGUAGCAUUUCUUCAAGAGUUUUAUAGGAGAAAGGGAAAUGUCAAUGUUGAUAAAGCUGUGCUUCCAGCAAUCUCAUAUAGUGGCAUAUGGCUUUGAAUUGUUUGUAUACAAGAUCAAUUGUUCAUGUAAUUUACUUUAUUAUCAUAUCAAUUCAAAUAAAGAGGUUACAGAAAAGAUGUCUUCUUGCAAGAAAAA